AUGGCCAUCGACGGUCACAACAUGGCCACUGAAGAUCCAAACAUGACCGUUCAAGAUCAGAGCUUCAACAUGCCCAUCCAAGAUCCAAACAUGACUAUCCAAGGCCAGCGCAUGUCCGUUCAAGGUCAAUACAUGCCCAUUCAAGGCCAGAGCCUGAGCAUGCCCAUCCAAGGCCCAAACAUGACUAUCCAAGGUCAAAACACGGCCACUGGAGGUCAGGGCCAGGGCAUGUUCAGCCAAGUUCCCACCGAAUGGGGAGACGAAGGACGAGUAGACUUCACCAAGCCUAUCGAAGACCAGUGGGUCAGUGCUCUUGACAUCCUGAGCAUACGCGCUGAAAAAGCCGGUAUCACUCCUAAACAGGCUGUCGUCAAGCUCAUACUUGAACUGGAUAUAAAGCACGACAGGCUCCUGGACCUUGCCGAGGAGGAUGCAAUUUCCGCCUUACGCGGCGAGCCUGAUACUGAGGAUCGAAAUAUCAGACGUGAUUACAUCAAAUAUGCAUUGGAUGCGGUUGACGAAUCCCGAGAAAAGGCCUACGACCUUCUCCGCCGAAUGUAUGUCGAACUGGAUCCAAGCUGA